AUGGCUACCGCAUCCUCCCUUCGCGCAGCGCCUCACAAAUGGUCUCUCAACGGCCUGAGUUCCGAACUCAUAGCUCUUAUCUUUGAGCAGCUCCGGGAAAUAGACGACCGCGCCCUCGCUGCUGCGCGAUGCUUGUCAAGGCGCUUCGAGGCCAUUGCAACCCCUAUUACCUACCGUACUCUAUGCCUCAAUGAGCGCAUCGUCGCCUUAGAUGCCGACUCGCGGUAUCCGAAUCUCUUGUGCAACGUGUCUACCUACACCAACCAUGUGAUUGCACGAAGCGAUCUUGACCCUGACGGCAUCCGGAGGGUGCUGGACCGGGUCCAACGACUGAAAACCGUGCGGUGGCAUUACGUCGACGCCGAAUUUAGAUCGGGACGCCUUUGGCUUCCGUCAGAUUUGCUUCAUCCCCAACAAACACGAUUCAGAGGCACGAAGCUUUUUGUUGAGGAUCUACCACUGCGUGAAUUCGAGGGGCAGCUGCGAGACACCUACAUUCGAGCUAUUCCCACAGAUCUUCUCGUAUCCCUCAAGCUUGCUAGUCCAGCCCCACCGCUUACGACACGAUUGAACUCUCUAAAGCAGUUUCUCCUGCUGUCACGCCGUCUCGAGACAUUCCACUACGAAGACCGAGGACAAGGGACUAAUUUCAAGUUCGCAGAGGGAGAGCGCAUGCCACCGUUAAAGGACUUGGUUCUGAAGUCCUACGACUGGAACCAUUCCAAAGAGGACACUCGGCUACAUUGGGACUUCACCCAACUCGAAUCGCUCGACUUGAUUUCGGUGCCUAUCAUCAACUUCCUGACAGCCGUUGAUUUUACCCACCUCGCGGGGCUACGGCGGCUUCACUGCGAGGACUUCAGCGCUCACCUAGCUGACAGACGACAAGAGGCGACGGGUGGUCUUUAUUUGUUGGUGGCCCAUCACAUCCGGGCUCUGCAGACACUGAGCGUGACCUGUCACAUUCAGCUCUUCCCUUUGGAUGGCAUUCUCAGACAUGGCGCCUCCCUGCAGCUACUCCGGUUUCGCGACCAUGUAGGAUUCGGAGAUGAGGACCGACGGUGCCCGACGCUCUGGGCCGAGGAUAUCGCGACUUUGGCACGGGGCCUGCCGUUCGUGCACACGCUGGAGUUAGAUAUGGAUGUGGCUCUAUGCGAUCCGACAGAGUUUCUGCGCGCCAUUUGCAGCUUCCGCAGCCUGCAAACACUUAUACUCCAUGUUCAGACGGUCCUUCAUCCCCUCGAAGUCGUCUACCCAGGGAUAGAUCGCGAUUACGACGCGGCCCUGCGCACUUUCCAAUUCCUCCUAAGAGAGAAACAGCUUGCCACUCCCCAUGUUCCGUGGAAACAGAUAACCAUUAAUGUAGGCGGUUGGAGGAAGGUUAUGGUCCGCCGUUUCAGCACCGCCUGGCGUCAGCAGAACGAAAAUGGAGUUUACGCCGAACGGUGCUUUGUGUUGGAGAAAAACGAAUACGGCCAAAUGGCAUUUCGAGAGGAAAUGAGCGUUGAGGGACGUUCAUCGACACCAACGCCCGAUCCGCCAACGCCGAAUUUUGAGACUGAAUACGAAGAGUAA